AAUUUACAUUUAAACAUUUCAUGCGAGCAAAUAUGACCAAAAUGUUUCGUGUUUUUUAUUGAAAUGUGCAUAACAUGGCUGAACGUAAAGAAUGCAGUUGCAAAGAAGAAAUAGCAGAGCUUCUUCGUGUAAACUUAUGUUGGAAAAGGGACUAUGAAGAACUAAUGAGGGAAAACACUGGGUUGAAGAAGAAUUUUUUUACACCUGAAAAGAUAAAAAGUGGCAGUGUGGAUAAUUUUGAGCUAUUCAAGCAACAAUUGCAAGAGUGUAAAAAAAAGAAUGGCAGAGAAAGGGAAAAAAAUCAACAACUCAUCUCUAAAUGUACUGAAUUAGAAGUUCGACUGGAUCAUAUAUCAAAAGAACUUGAGAUAGCGAGAAGUCAAUUGCAACAGAGUAAAAGUUACCGAACUUCCUCAACUAAAGUUAAAAUGUCAGCAAGAGAUGUAGUGAAAGCCCAAUCACAAGCUACGCAGCUGCAUUCAGUACCAGGAUUACAUAUCCCAGGAUCAUUCGUAGCAACUGGGGUAGAGAGAGAUAAUUUGCGCAGAAUAGGCGAUGCAACACAAUGUAUCCAGCAAGUUUGUUAUAAACGUUCUAACUCCUUUUAAAGAAGUUACAUCUUUGGUAAAUUAAAUUGAUAACUAUCCCUCUUUCUGCACUAACAUAUAAUUUGUAAUUUUUUAACACAAACUUCCAAUCUUAAGGACAUGAUCGAACUACAAUGCCGCAUUUUAACAGGUUGUUUCUCCAAGAAGUACUUCUGUUCUCCUAGAGAUUUCUUACAUUGACAUUUCAAUUGUUCUGUUCCACAUUAGCUCACAAUAUAAAAAAGGUAAUAAUAAAAAUAAAAAUAAAAACGAUUGUUAUAUUUUUUUGUAAAAAUAUACGCCAAUGACAUCUAGUUGUACAUUCAGGCGAAUUUGUUGCAGCUACACAACGCAAUGUAGAAACAAGUGUACGCAAUUUAUUACGUACAGAAAAAUCAAAAGGGACAUCAGCAAAAUAACAACACAA